GUCUUCCGGUUCAAGCACGUGUGUUUACUGUUUAUGUACUACUACUUACUAAAAUUUUUAUUAAAAUAAAAAGAAAAUGAGCUUCAGUGAAAGUGCAGAUGUAUCCGAAAUGGACGUAUCAAGCAACGGAGGGAUCAAAGAAAAAACUUACGAAGAAAAACUGGCCAAUUGCACCGUAAUUGCUAAACCAAUGGCAUCGAAAAAACUAUCUAAGAAAUGCUACAAAUUAAUUAAAAAAGCCAGUAAACAAAAAACCUAUAUCCGGUGCGGUCUGAAAGAUGUGCAAACCAGAAUUCGCAAAGGGGAAACUGGUUUGGUUAUUUUCGCUGGAGAUGUCAGUCCUCUGGAAAUUAUGUGCCAUUUGCCAGGAGUAUGUGAAGAAAAAGAUAUUCCGUAUGUGUACACGCCUAGUCGGAAAGAUUUGGGGGCCGCUCUUGGGGUCAAAAGGGGCUGUUUGACAGUUCUAAUAAGACCCCAUAAUGACUAUGAAGAAGCUUUCAAUGAACUCAAGCAGGAGUUGAAGACCUUGGCUGUAACAUUAUAAUAUGUAUAUUCUAUUUGUUUAAUAAAGAUUUUCUUAUGUAGGUAGUAA